GGCAAAGCUGUCUUGGCUCUUAACAGUUUUGUGAUAGUGACAUGGCUGCCACCAUUUAACAGCAACCCACUGGAUGCUUUACCUACCGAUGCCAGUGUUCAAGAUUUCAUUCUUUUCCCUUCCUGGGAAUCCGGACACUGGAUUUUAUGCACAUGUGGCAAAUGAGCUUUGUCCUGGCCAGUGGACAGAAGUGACUUUGGGAGACAUUCAGAAUGCUCCACUACAGUGGGGAGGCAUAGACUGUGGCCUCUUCAUUUUGAUGUAUGCACUCUAUGUAGUGAUGGAGUUGCCAUUUGACUUCACACAGACUGACAUGCCUGAUGUUAGGAGAUGGUGGUGCCUACAGCUUCUGGAGACAUUUCCUGUAGGAAGUAAAGUGGCAGCUGCCUCCAUGGAAGACGUGAAGUCUAGACAAACACCAGCCCAGCAAAACAGCAGCCCACCAGAGAGUUUUGAAGAUUCUCCAAUGAUGAAGAAUAUUGUGGCUGCAGCGGAAUGGGUGAAGACCAAUAGCCACUCACUGAAGGGAAGGGUUCUUCUUCCAAAAGUUCUGGACAUGGAGAAGGAAGAUGCUUUGUUGGCCCUUGCCACCUACCAAUUGUUCCAAGAUGAAUGUUCAGACCUAGAGGAGAUAUGGCAACCUUUUGUUUUUAUGUUUGAGUUACAAGAUGACAUGGAACUUUUUUAUCUGAAGUAAGUGAUAAAAUAAAUAUUCGUGUGUCAGCAGUGAUUGACCUCAGCUUGUAAUAUUCAAGUUAGGCUGUUGUUGGAGAUACAAAAUGCCAAAAUGGUGUUAAGCUGGACAAAUACAGUUAGCCAUAGUGUUGUGCUGGAAGUCUUUUUUUUUUUUUGCAUUUUUUUUAGAUACUUAUUUUAUGACUGUUGAAUGUUUUUAUGUUUUAUGUCUGAUUUUAAUAAAAUCAAUGUUUAAUUA